AAAAUGAAUGUAAUCGAAAGAUAAAAAAUUUUCUGUUUGGGCAGAGAGAAAAUACGAGGGAAAAUGAAGAGGAAGUGGGAAAAAGAUGUUUCAGUCAGCUGGUAGCGCACCCAUUUCGCCAUGUUUCUAAGAAACAUUAAUCGAAGAGUAAACAAGACGAAGACGAAGGUUGUUUUUCUCCAUCUUUCCGCACCAAAUCCUAGAUUCUUCCUCUCAUAUCGCAACUCCACUGCCCAAUCUAGCUCCGCCCUAGACACCGCCGCGGACAUCGCCAAUCUUGUCCUCGAAUCUGACCCAAAAAGCUUGAGGGGAUCCCUCCUUGGAUUACAAGUUCAAUUUACCCCUGAACUAAUCGACAAGGUUCUCAAGCGCCUAUGGUUCCAUGGACCCAAAGCGCUGCAAUUCUUCAAACACCUUGAGUACCAUCCAUCUUACGCCCAUUCCUCGUCUUCUUUCGACCACGCCAUCGACAUUGCAGGUCGUAUGCGCGACUACAAGACCGUAUGGGCUCUAGUGGCUCGAAUGCGAGCUCGCCGGGUUGGACCCAGUUCAAAAACCUUCGCAAUUAUAGCUGAGAGGUUCGUAGGCGCUGGAAAACCAGACAGAGCGAUCAAGGCUUUCUUGUCGAUGCGGGAGCAUGGAUGUUGUCAGGACCUGCAUUCUUUUAACACCAUUCUCGACAUUCUCUGUAAGUCAAAACGUGUAGAAAUGGCUUACAACAAUCUGUUUAAGGUUUUGAGAGGAAAAUUUAAGGCUGAUGUUGUUAGUUAUAACAUUAUUGCAAAUGGGUGGUGCUUGAUUAAGCGUACACCCAAAGCCCUAGAGGUUUUGAAGGAGAUGGUGGAAAGAGGUUUAACUCCAACUAUUACUACUUACAAUAUACUUUUGAAAGGGUAUUUUAGAGCUGGUCAGAUUAAGGAAGCUUGGGAAUUCUUUUUGCAAAUGAAAGAAAGGGAAGUUGAAAUUGAUGUUAUUACUUAUACUACUAUGGUUCAUGGGUUUGGUGUUGUGGGUGAAAUUAAAAGGGCUUGGAAGGUUUUCAAUGAGAUGGUUGGUGAAGGGGUUCUUCCUUCAACAGCUACUUACAAUGCUAUGAUACAGGUUUUGUGUAAGAAAGAUAGUGUGGAGAAUGCAGUAUUGUUGUUUGAGGAGAUGAUUAAAAAGGGUUAUGUGCCAAAUUUGACCACUUAUAACGUGGUUAUAAGAGGAUUGUGUCAUGUGGGCAAUAUGGAUAAGGCUAUGGAGUUUAUGGAGAGAAUGACAACUGAUGGGUGUGAACCAAAUGUUCAGACAUAUAAUGUCGCCAUUCGGUAUUUUUGUGAUGCUGGUGACAUAAACAAGGGGUUGAAUAUGUUUGAGAAGAUGGGGCAGGGGAGUUGUUUACCAAAUUUGGAUACAUAUAAUGUUUUGAUUAGUGCAAUGUUUGUGAGGAAAAAGUCUGAUGAUUUAGUGGUUGCUGGGAAGCUGUUGCUUGAGAUGAUUGAUAGAGGAUUCCUCCCUCGAAAGUUCACUUUCAAUCGAGUUCUCAAUGGGCUUUUGCUGACGGGUAACCAAGCUUUUGCAAAUGAGAUUUUGAGAUUGCACAGCAAAUGUGGUCGUCUUCCUCGCAAAUUUAAGUUAUGAAGCUACCAUCGGUUAUGAAUGAUGUGAGUUUCAGUGCCUUCAUUUGAUCUUGUUGUGAAGCUGGUCACUUCAGAACCACUUCCAUUCUUCCUGAAGAUGUCAAAUAAGGUUUUGAACUACACUUAUGAAUCCAGAAGUGUUUGAGUGGCUUAUAGACGGACAAGUUAGUCUCCGUAAACCCUUGGUUAAGAGGUGGAAUGAAGUUGAUAUCUUGAAGUCUUCCAUUCCAUCACUAAAGAAUGGAUAAGUGGUCACUGGAGUUCAUCUCUUUCAAGGUGGCUUGGUAGUAAUUGCUAUCCCAUAUCAGAUAUCCUUGCUGAUAAUCACAAGUGAACGGACGUGCUCGGACAAGAUAACAUGGCAACUAUCAGAAGUAGAGCAGUAGAAUGCCAAAGUCUUUACAUCAAACAUGUAAGAUUGCAUGAGCAUAUGCUAAUAUUGAUCUGAAACACGUGUGUAUUUAGUUGGAUUUUAUAAGGUCCUGUUUGAUUAUUAUUUUCUUUGUGGUUUUGAAAAUUAACCUAAGAAACACUAUUCCUA